AUGACCUGCUGUGGCUGCUCAGGAGGCUGUGGCUCCAGCUGUGGGGGCUGUGGCUCCAGCUGUGGGGGCUGUGGCUCCAGCUGUGGGGGCUGUGGCUCCUGCUGUGGGGGCUGUGGCUCCUGCUGCUGCAAGCCUGUGUGCUGCUGUGUGCCUGUCUGUUCCUGCUCCAGCUGUGGGGGCUGCAAGGGAGGCUGUGGCUCCUGUGGGGGCUGUAGUUCCUGUGGAGGCUGCAAGGGAGGCUGUGGCUCCUGUGGGGGCUGCAAGGGAGGCUGUGGCUCCUGUGGGGGCUGCAAGGGAGGCUGUGGCUCCUGUGGGGGCUGCAAGGGAGGCUGUGGCUCCUGUGGGGGCUGCAGCUCCUGUGGGGGCUGCAAGGGAGGCUGUGGCUCCUGUGGGGGCUGCAAGGGAGGCUGUGGCUCUUGUGGGGGCUGCAAGGGAGGCUGUGGUUCCUGUGGUGGCUGUAAGGGAGGCUGCUGUCAGUCCAGCUGCUGCAAACCCUGCUGCUGCCAGUCCAGCUGUUGCAAGCCUUGCUGCUCUUCAGGUUGUGGGUCUUCCUGUUGCCAAUCCAGCUGCUGCAAGCCCUGCUGCUGUCAGUCCAGCUGUUGUAAGCCAUGCUGCUGUCAGUCCAGCUGCUGUAAGCCCUGCUGCUGUCAGUCCAGCUGUUGUGCCCCUGUGUGCUGCCAAUGUAAGAUCUGA